GAGACUGGCAUCAACAAGAAUCUCUUUCAUGCCCACAUCAAGGAGUUGAGGGGUGAAGAGUCUCUUGGAUCCCGUUGAACAAGAUCCAGUUGUGAUCCUUCCCAAAUUUCUGGACUGAGACCUUUGGAUCUUCCGGGAAUGAAGUGAGAAAAGCAGUGGGAAGAACUGAGCAAAACAGAACCAGUGAUUUCUUACCUUUAAUGAAAUCCUGGGUAUUUAUGCAUGCAUGGCAACACAUGACAAUUUUACCACAGCUAAGUCCCGAUGGCCUGUUGCCAUACCUUGUGGGACCAUCCCCAAAGUGAAACCUGGAUACCGAUCACUCAGAGGAGGGAGCAUUGAUGCCAAUUUGCAGUUCUGUGGGAAUGGAUGGGCAACUGCAGAUGAUGCACCUCUUCAUUCGGUAUUAAAGAAACAAGUAUGUUUGUGGGGAGGCAAAGAGGAACCUCCAGAUAUUUCCCCAGUGGAGAUGUGGGAAAAUAGGAAUGGCUUCCAGAAAAAAUAUAUGGAGAACACAGUCACACAUGAGUUUUCUGAGCUAUCCAGCACUCAACCAAGACAGCAUCCCAAUGACCAGGAAGUAAGCAGUGCGGCUGUGGAGACUACUCAGAUCAAAGACAAACUCAAGAAGAGGAGAAUGUCUGAGGGCACACUUGCAUCAAAUAAAGGCUUCCUUGACCCUGCUGGUCCCAAAGGACCUGACCUGAAACCAGCCAUUUCCAGAUCUGCCUCUCAAAGGCUCUUGAUCACUUCUAAGCCUAUGCCUCCAAUUCAGAGCAUUCCCACUUCCCCAGAGACGAGCAGAGACCAGGAAACAGAGCAGAAAGGGUUGAAGAAUGCCACAGAGUGCUUAGAAAUUGGAGACAAUCACUCACCAGAGACCAAAGCAGCCACCCAACAGGUCUUACAUGGUCAUAAUGAGAAUCUGAGAAGAUCUUUAGGUGCUGCUUUGAUCCCACCCAUUCCCACGUCAGCAAGGGCUCAUGAAGAAAACUCUCAGAAGUUUCAGGAACCUCUUCCAAGCUCAUCACAGUUUGAACCUGCUCCUUUUCCUACAGAGGAUUUCCCAUUGAUUAAGUCACAGCCAGCAUCAUAUAAUACUGAAGAGAACACUGUUGAAAGUCUGGAAACUGAAACUUCAGAACUUGUUUCCAGAAAUGACUUGUUCACAGCACUGAAAGUUACUAGUUGUCCACUUGAAUCCUUACUGCCAUUAACCACCUCCUCUCUCACUCUGGCGAAGGAUGUCGGAAGCCAGCUUUCAAUUCCUCACCUUAUCAAGGAUGAUGAAUGGAAGGAGAGCAAUGGAAGGAUUCAUGUAACAAUCUCCAAAUCAGCUCAGGAGAAGAUGCGUCAAAAGCAGCUGAAAGAGAUAGAGCUUUUGCGCAAAGAAAGAGAAAAGGAGAAAGAGAGAGAAAAGGAAAGAUCCUUGUUGUUCCAAGAACAACUACAGAAAAUGGCUCACAAAGAUGCUGCUCCUCCUAACAGCAAUGGACAUAUCUCUGUUGCAGUCAGCCUGAACAAACCCUAUAGACUUCCCAUUGGAACAACCUUAAAGAAACGAGUGAACCGACCCUCUCUCCCCAGCAUCCCUGUUAUCAACCGUGACAGUAGUUUCUCGCGGCAUGCUUCAGCUAACUCCUUACCAGCGAAUCUUCUGGAUUCUCCAGAAUGGGAGGAUCUUGUAAACAGCAAUAUCUUAGAAAUAAGACCUUUAUCACACCCAGAACAGGGGCUGGUGGAUGCCCUGAAGUGGCUAAAUAGCAACGAUUGGCAUUUGAAGGAGAAAGGACUCUUCAGUAUCCGAUGCCUGGCUGCUUGCCAUUCAGAAGUUCUCCAGUGUAGGCUUCAUGAUGUUUCCUUGGCAGCCACGAAAGAGGUUAGCAAUCUGCGGUCAAAGGUCUCUCGGUUCGCUAUUGGGACGCUCAGUGAACUCUUCAAGGCCAUGAAGAAGCAGAUGGAUCAAGAGGUUGAAGAGAUUUCUCGUGUCCUUCUCCAGAAAGCGGGUGAUUCUAGUGAAUUUAUCCAGAAAGAAGCUGACCAGUCCUUGGGUGUCAUGGCACGGAGUGUGACUCCCUCACGAGCAAUGGCAGCCCUCAUGGCCAAUGGGGUGAACCACCGUAACCCUCUCAUUCGUAAAUGUGCUGCUGAACAUUUGCUGACUGUUGUGGAGCAGAUUGGAGCUGAGAAACUGCUCUCAGGCAACCGGGAGAACACUGAGGCCCUGGUGCACACAUUGGUCAAGCUCGCCCAGGACCGCAACCAAGAUACAAGAUUUUAUGGCCGGAAAAUGCUGCACAUACUUAUGUCCCAUACAAAAUUUGAUGGGUACUUGAAGCAGAACCUACCCUCCCAUGACCUGUGCAAUGUCAUGGCUGCAAUUAAACAGAAAGGAACAGAGGACCCACUAUCCCAGGCUCCUUCUGCCAAAAGUCACAGAGGCUCCAAGAGCAGCAGCUUGGCAACAUCGUUGGACAGCCUGCCUUCAGAUGAAGGGUCCAUUUCUAUAGCUCUGCCACAAACUAUGGCUCGACGAACCUCCCUCCGCAGCAUUGAAAUGAUGGAGCAGCUUAGGGAGCUGAACAAGCUACUGAUGGCAAAGGAAUUUCAGAUCCGAAUGAAUGGAAUCACAUUGCUCAUGGAGUACUGUGAGAACAACCCCCAGCUUGUCUCCUCAAACAUUGUACAGAUCUUUGAUGUAUUUACUCUGAGACUCCAGGACUCCAACAAGAAAGUGAACCAGUAUGCAUUAGAAUCAGUUAUCUCUGUGAUCCUCAUCCUUAAAGAUGGCUUAAACCCAGUCCUGGUAUCAGUGGUGGCUGUGGUCACUGACAACCUAAAUUCAAAGAAUUCUGGGAUUUACAGUGCAGCAGUGAAGGUGUUGGACACAAUGAUCACACAUUUAGAUAAUCUUUUUCUGCUUCAAACGUUUGCCAGCAGGGUGCGUUUCAUCGGUGGCCAAGCUCUGCAGGAUAUUACAGAUCGCCUGUCAGUUCUUGUGGCUUUGGCUUAUCCACGGAAACCUCAGAUUGUGGAGCGUCAUGUCCUUCCUGUUCUCUGGUACUUCCUGAACAACAUGAUUGGCAAUGGGAUAUUACCUGGAAAGAGCGGGAAUGUGAGAACUGUGGUGUCUAAACUGGCUAAGAGCCUUCACAAGCAAAUGGGACUCAAGCUUAUUGAAUAUGCCUCCAGCCAUCCGCAACAUGUGAUUAAACUCUUGCAGGACCUUCUAGAUGCAGACCUCUAGUGAAGAAGGCCAAUGUUCUCUGGGACCAUGUACAAUGUGCCACUUCACGAGACAGGGAAAACGAAGUGAUGGACAUGAUGCAGAGCUUGCCAUUAUUUAAUUAUGCUAUUUUUAUUUGAUCAACUUCAUAUAGUAAUAACUCACCAUGGAGAAUGUAUAUAAUAUUUUUGUAGUAGAAGUAAAUCACAUAUUUUUCUAAGGCUUAAUUUUCUAAAACUUUGAUGUGUUAAUCAUAGUAAUUUCACAAUUAUAAUUCUCAUAUGUAUCAUAAUAAUAUUGUUUAUAUAAUAAAUGUGUAUCAAGGAAAGGAUGGCAAAGAUGAGCCUCAAGGCCAGAAUUUUAUUAAUAGUCCCAAGUAAAGAAGACCCACUGAAUUACUAUGGUUUACAUAAGUGUUGAUUCGCCAUUCAUCAAUUGAUCCAAUAGGUGUAUCUUAGAUGUGAUUAUCAACAGAAUUGAAGUCUAUAUCAUGGACAAUACAUUCUACUGUAGUAGUUUGCUAAUGCAAUAGAUUGUACAUUACAUGGGCAUCCAUUGGAUCUGAUUGUGUUUUUCUUCUCUUAGCAGAUUUCAAGUCAGAACACAUUUUUAAAGGACCCUGUGGUCUCCUCCAACUCUGUGAUUCUAUAAAAUAGCUCAGUUCUUUAUCUUUCUACAGCAGAAAUGACAACCAUGAUCUUUGGAUGGAUGGGGUGGGGAUAAUGGAAAUAUCUGAAUAAGAACCAGUUUUUUUUUGGGGGGGGGGAGAAUGGGUAACUCACUAAAUGUUUUAACUGCAGAUUCCCAGCAACCCUAUAUGUUUAUUAAUUGUAAUUCCCACCAAGCCUAUUUAACAUAGCCAGUGCUGUCUGAAAUCUGCAAUCUACUAACAUCUGGUGCAUGGAAAUUGCUCUCCAACAACAUCUGGAGGAACACAAAUUGCCUACUUCUGAGCAAAAUGAACAGAGAUGUGAUAUUUAGUUACUGUUUCAAGUAUUAGUGAACAUAACCUUAAUUUCAGGUGUUAGAUUAGGAUGGCCUCUUAAAAUGCUAGGCACACCAAUCUGGCGUUCCUGAGAUUUCAGAAUUGCUCGGAGCUAAGAAUAAUCUGAGUGGAGUAGCCAUCUGACAGCUACAAGAUUCACAUCACAAGACAUUAAUUUCUGUUUUAUUCCAGAGGCCUAAUACUUUGUUUACGGAUAAACCUGUAUUAUGCAGGCUCGCAUGAUUAAAUGGAGCUUCAUACAAAUAAAUGCUUACAAGAAAUAAAUCAGAAUUGAAAGGAAACAGCAAGUAGUCUCAGAAAACUGGACUUUUUAUUAGCAAAUUUACUAGCAAUCCAGUUCAAACCAUUCCUGUAAUCCCUAGUUAUCAAGACAGUCAUGACAAAUGGAAGACAAAUGCAUCACAGGUUGAAGGACACAGCCCAGCAACUAUAAUGCGAUUAUAAAAAGUAAUAUAAGGGUUUCUUUAAAAAAAACCCUUAUGCUGCUUUUGCUAAUUCAUUAAAAUAUCAAUUCAUCUAGUUUUCCACUGUGAGCCUCCUCUAAAGGACUGAUGCACAACAUUUACAUUAUUCUCUGUUAAAAUGUAGUUAUUCCAAAAGCACCAUUUUGAGACAUGAGGAAUUUGUUGAAAUUAAUACACAAUGACAAUAAAUAUUGUCUCAAAAUUUGUAAGGCGUGGUGCAACUGAAUAAAUUAAAAACAUAAUCCAGAGCUUGGAAUACUUACUAAAAAUGUUACUGUUUGUCCAAUGCAUUUUUUAUUGAUUUCUCACCAAUUAUAAAUGUUCAUAUGCUAUUAGAAUACUUCUC